UUUUGAGCAAUAUCUGAGUCCCGAGGAGCCUCGUAUGCUGCCUUCCUGGGAUGAAAGGCGGUGUUCUACAUAGGCUUCUGGUCAACAAGCUAUGCCUCGUCCUUUUGGUUCUCCUCAUUGUGCCGAUUAUUCUUUUGUUACUGGGCACAACGUCAGAGCAACUGAAAGUUUUUUCCCAAGGUUUCCUACAGCAGCAGGGACUGGCACAUCUUGGUGAUAAUGUAUCAGCUCUAGUUGGGCCUGCAACUCCAGCUUAUAACAACCACAAUCACACAAGUAUAACCAGACGGAACAAAGACUGUAAUUAUGCUAAGGGAAAGUGGGUAGCAGAUGAAACACGGCCACUCUAUUCCGGUAACGAGUGCAAGCAAUGGCUGUCAAAAAUGUGGGCUUGUCGAAUGAUGCAACGCACAGAUUUCUUCUAUGAGAGUUACCGGUGGCAGCCACAUGGCUGUGAGAUGCCUGAAUUUUCAGGGCCAAACUUUUUGAAAAGGAUGAGGCAUAGAACUCUUGCUUUUGUGGGUGAUUCACUCGGUAGACAGCAAUUCCAGUCCAUGAUGUGUAUGGCGACAGGUGGUAAAUACAGCCCUGAGGUCGAAGAUGUUGGAUGGAAAUACGGCCUUGUCAAAGCUCCAGGUGCUUUAAGACCUGAUGGGUGGGCUUAUCGAUUUCCAGGGACAAACACCACUAUCCUUUACUACUGGUCUGCUACUCUAUCUGAACUGGAACCUCUGAACACAACAAAUCCGGCGACUAGCUAUGCAUUGCAUCUUGACCGGCCAGUAACAUUCCUGAAGAAGUAUCUCCCCAGUUUUGACGUUCUAGUACUGAACACAGGCCAUCACUGGAACAGAGGGAAAUUCAAUGGAAACCACUGGGAGAUGUAUGCUGAUGGGAAGCCUGUAGGGGAAGGCAGACUUGCAGACCUCAACCGCGCGAAGAAUCUCACGCUGCACAGCAUUGCCAGAUGGGUGGAUUCAGAGCUCGCAAGCCUUCCUCACCUGAAGGCGUUCCUGAGGACGAUGUCGCCGAGGCAUUUUGUAAAUGGCGACUGGAACACUGGGGGCAGUUGUGGUAAUGCUAUCCCCUUUUCUAAUGGAAGCGAGGUCUUGCAGGACCAUUCGAGCGACUUGCCUGCGGAGCGUGCUGUAAACGGAACUCGUGUUAAGCUUCUGGAUAUUACUGCCAUCUCGCAGCUACGGGACGAGGGGCAUAUGUCGAAUCGUACCCUGAGAGCUCCGACGGGCAUUAAUGACUGCUUGCACUGGUGCCUUCCUGGCAUACCAGAUAUGUGGAAUGAGGUCCUGUUUGCACAGAUUUAGCACAUAUACUGCACUUCAGUAAUGGCAAGGGCAUAUUUUUUUUCUCAAAGAAAGGGUAAGGGCAAUUUUCUUCCAGAGCCCCCAAGGAUCUGUUCUGUUCCUGCUGGUGGUCUGUACAGGGUGAAGUGCUUUGUACCAGUAUAUUACGGAUUUUGGUCAAGCCAAGCCUAGGCGUUUUGACAGUGCCAGGAUGAUAGCCUUAUUUCCAGAGUCUGAAUUGCAGCUUCGUUUGAGGCCAGACACGGAGUUAGCUGCUGCUGCAGAGCCAUUCCCCAGGCACGUCGAUUCUUUUUCAUUUUCUUUACUGUAAAAUGCUACUCCAUAUAUACUCCCCAGUUUACCCGUGUGCAGAAGCAUAUAUUCCGUAGAGAUGUUCAUACAAGUAGAACAAAGCGCCAUAUGCUCUUUUAGAUUAAAAAAAAAGCGCAACUUUUGGUUGAUGUCUGUAUCUUACUAAAAACUAUUAUAUCUGUGUAACAUUUCAGUUUGGGAUAGCUAAUAUUAUAUGAAAGUGUAACUGACAUUUUGACCAC